AUGGAACCUCAGCGUCUCCCUCCGUUACAGCAGACCUCAGUUGAGUGCCCAACUCAGAUCACCCGCUGCUUAUUCAUCAGUAAUGCUGCAGCAGCUAACAGCAAGGCCAUGCUGUCCAGCUUUAAUAUCACUUCAGUUAUCAACGCAACGGUGGACGUGGUGAACAAGUACUACGACGGCAUCCAGUACGUGAAGAUUCCUGUAGAGGAUACACCCAGUUCUAGCCUCUACAACUACUUUGACCCUGUUGCGGAUCAUAUUCAUACAGUAGGAAUGAAGCUAGGCCAUACACUGCUACACUGUGCUGCUGGGGUUAGCCGCUCAGCAGCGCUGUGCUUUGCUUAUCUCAUGAAAUACCACUGCAUGUCGCUGCUGCAAGCCUACACUUGGACCAAGUCUUGCCGACCCAGGAUCCAUCCCAACAAUGGCUUCUGGGAACAGUUAAUCCUGUAUGAAUACAAGUUGUUUAACAAGAACACCGUACACAUGGUCAGCUCAAAGAUGGGUAUGAUCCCUGAUGUCUACAUGGAGGAGGCCGGUUCGAAGGUGCCGAAGUGA